AUGAGUGAUUUACUGGACGAGGAUUUGGAGUUCCGCGGCGGUACUUUGCAGCUGUCGUCGGACACGAACGUGGCGGAGAAUUCAGAAAGUAAUCCUACUAAUAAUACGGAUAAUUUGGGAAGAAGGAAACCCCCUACUAGUGUAAAUCCCUCGGUGUUAUCUGGUGCAAAUUCUUUGACCUCCUCUACGUCUUCCUUUGCCGAUGCCCGAGGGCCUGAGGACCCGCUGAAUCCUGCAUCGGAGCAGGCAACAGGUAUCCAAGCAGUGUUCCCUCGCUAUGAUGUGCCGUUUGACAGGGAGAACAUCAAAGAUUUUUUUACAUUCCGCAAGGGAGUGGUGGACACUGCCAUACAGGAGUGUAUCACCGCCCUGCUGUUCCCUGAAGAUGGAGAGUACCUAGGAUCCUGGCUGCUGACUGAAAUAACACUAUGGGACAAUGAAAAAGAGAGAAUUAUCCUCCUAACUUCAAGACUUGUAAUGACCAUUAAAUAUGACUUCAUAGCCAUGAAACAGCUGGAAUUCAAGAAGACAUACUUGGAUGACCUGGACACCAUUGUUAUUGGAGACCUGGUCUAUCCUCCGUCAUCAUUAGUUCCUCGUCUGAACGGCAUCGCAUCGGGGGUAACGACGGUCGUGAAAGACUGCGUGAUCGACCGUCUCUGUCGGCGCCCCUCCCACGAAGAAGUUGAACACCAGAACAGUAAACUGUUCGAUCCCAAGUAUUUUGAACCUAGAGAGCGCCACCUCCGAGGAGUGCGACUGAUGUGGAACAAGGGCGAGCCGAUUCCAUUGAAGACCGUGUGGAACCCGUUCAGUCAAGAUGUGCCCUUCCUCACUUUCGCAUCACAUCCCAUCUUCUGGUAUAAAGAGGGAGGUCCAGAAGAAAAAGCAACGUACGACAUGGAAACAUUCGCACUCAAGCUUCAAAGGGCGAUAGAAAACAUGACGUCAUCAGCGUGUUGUAUACACCAUUCCCCCAUAGUCAUACAGAGUUACGUAGGAGUGACGUCACUUCUACACAACAAGACUAGCAUGGGAUUCUUCAAAGUCCGAGGCAAAUUCAGCUUCUAA